AUGAGUGCAGAACGACAUUGUACAAAAUUGUCCUUUUUGAAAAAACUUUUAAUACGAUGGUUUUUGUGUGUUAUUUUCGUGAUUACAACACUGAUUGUAUUGGCACCAGUAUUACUUCGUUCCCAUGGAAAUUUUAUUCUAACGAAAAUGUUUUUUCAAACUUGGUCUCGAUAUUAUCCAUGGAUCGAUCUAACUGAUCCAACUGCUUUCAAACUCAAUGCAGUCAAUGUGUACGAGCAAGUGGAACCAAAUGUCACGAUUGGCAUUUGGUAUACUUUACCAUCUACAGUACAAAUUCAUCAUGAAUUGCCUACGCUUGCUGAUCAUUUACAACGAUAUGUAGUCUCAAAGGAUCUUCCUAUAAUUAUGUAUUUACAUGGUCAAGAUGGAACAAGAGCAACACAUUAUCGAUCGAAUCAUUAUCGAGUAAUGAGUUCUUUUGGUAAUCAUAUUAUUGCGAUGGAUUAUCGUGGAUACGGAGACUCGACGGGUAAACCAACUGUUAGUGGUAUUGUUGCAGAUGUAACGCACGUGUUCAAUGUGAUACGUCGUGUUUGUCCUGAUAAUCCUAUAGUGAUUUGGGGACAUUCUAUGGGAACAGGCGUUUCUCUAUGGACAGCGUUUCAUCUCUUCGAAAACAAAACGCUUGUAAAGAAACCAGCUGGUUUAGUACUUGAAGCACCUUUUUACAAUUUAGUCGAAGCACUCAUUUCUUAUCCAGUGACUCGAGUAUUCAAAAUCAAUCCGUACUUUAUGAAAGCUGCACUGGAUUCUUUAGCAGAGCUCAAACUCGAAUUUCCUAAUAAUGAAAUUAUUUCGUUUCUCCCGUUACCAAUUAUAAUUAUUCAUUCAGAAGAUGAUGCUAUCAUUCCAUAUCAUCAUGCUCAAUCGCUCGAAAAAUACAUUGAAACUAAUCGCGAGUCUGAUCUACCUCCUGUUCGUCUCAUAACUGUUCCUCGUUCAGCACACUGUGGACACAAUCAUAUAUAUUCUUACUCAAAAUUUCAAGAAAUAGUCAGUGAAUUCGCAUUUCUCAAACGCUUACCUGUUUCUUAA